AAGGAGCCACACGAAGUGGAUGAGUCGAUCCGUUGGCGUGUUCACCAAUGGCGGGCUGCUGUUGGAUGGUGUCACAGCAUCUUCUGCUCUCACCGCCUCCCAAUCACGUGCCUCUGAAUUUUUCUUCGGCCCUAAUCUCUUCCGCCCCGCUCUCCUUUUCUCUCGGAAGCGGAAGCAGGAGCAGAGUCAGAGGCAGAGCUAGUGCCAGAGCCAGAGCCAGAGCCACUCGUACCUCCAACGCACUGUCAGUCUCAGCUUCGUCGACUCUCCAAGCUCUCAUCUUCGACUGCGAUGGCGUCAUUCUGGAGUCGGAAGACCUGCAUCGCCGAGCCUACAACGAUGCCUUCUCUCACUUCAAUGUGCGCUGCCCUUCCUCUCCCUCCCAGCACCCUCUCAACUGGGACAGUCAUUUCUAUGACCAGCUCCAGAACCGGAUUGGCGGUGGCAAGCCCAAGAUGCGCUGGUACUUUAAGGAGUACGGCUGGCCUUCGUCCACCGUCUUUGACACCCCCCCGGAGGAUGAUGGCGAUAGAGCCAAGUUGAUCGAUAUUCUUCAGGACUGGAAAACUGAAAGGUACAAAGAAAUAAUCAAAUCUGGAACUGUGGAGACUAGACCAGGUGUUUUGAGAUUGAUGGAUGAGACUAAGGCCGCUGGAAUAAAACUAGCUGUUUGCUCAGCAGCAACUAAAAGUUCCGUCAUACUGUGUCUUGAAAAUCUUAUAGGAAUUGAGCGGUUUCAAGGUCUAGACUGUUUCCUUGCAGGUGAUGAUGUGAAGGAAAAAAAGCCGGAUCCAUCAAUAUAUCAAACAGCUGUGAAGAGGCUAGGAGUGUCGGAGAAAGAUUGUUUGGUGGUGGAGGAUAGUGUUAUCGGGUUACAGGCAGCUACAGGAGCUGGGAUGUCGUGUGUGAUCACCUACACAUCUUCGACAGCUGACCAGGAUUUUAAAGAUGCAAUAGCAAUCUAUCCUGACUUGAGUAAUGUAAGGUUGAAAGACUUGGAGUUGUUGCUUCAAAAUGUUGUCCCUGCCAAGUAGUGAACUCAUCACAUCCCUUGAAAUUGGUUAGCUGUGUAAAUUAUAUUGAAGUUUGGCUGCUUUCCAUUGUCAAAGAUAUCUUUCAUCUAUGUCUGUCUUUUUGUUAAGAUGAUCAGUUUGAUUUGCCAAAUUGGUGAAAGAAAAGGGUCAAUUUUUAUGUUCCUAUAUCUUGUAUUCACUUUACUCCUUGUAAUGGAAGGAGAAAUUUAAGCAUCAAAUGAUUUGAUUGUAAAACAUAAUAAAUUGUUCUCCCCCUCUCUCUCUCA